AUGGGUCGCUUCACGAUUUUGCCCCUUGCAUACGCCCUUGUCUUGGUCGCCGCGGCGUGCCCCGUGCUGGGCUAUGUCCCUCACGGCGCGGCGCCGCAGAGCACCGGCGCCGCCGGGCGUCACGCCAACGCCCGAACUUACAUCGUCCUGGUCGAGCCUCCGCCUGCGCACACCCAUGAAGACGACGAGGCCGCGCACCGCCGGUGGCACGAGUCGUUCCUGCAGAGCUCCGGCGGCGGUGUCCACCCGCGCCGCGUUCGCCACUCGUACACGAGCGUGCUCUCCGGCUUCGCCGCUAGGUUGACCGACGACGAGCUCGCGGCCUUGUCCCGGAAGCCAGGGUUCGUGCGGGCGUUCCCGGAACGCAGGGUGCCGCUCAUGACGACGCGCACAACGGGGUUCCUCGGGCUGACUCCCGACGGCGGCGUCUGGAACGCGACCGGCUACGGCGAGGGCACGAUCAUUGGGUUUCUGGACACCGGGAUCGACGAGAAGCACCCUUCGUUCCGCGACGACGGCAUGCCGCCGCCGCCCCCCAGGUGGAAGGGCGCCUGCCAGCCUCCUGUUCGGUGCAACAACAAGCUCAUCGGCGCGGCGUCGUUCGUCGUGGACAACACCACCACUGACGACGUCGGGCACGGCACGCACACCUCCGGCACGGCGGCCGGCCGGUUCGUGGAAGGAGUCUCGGCCUUCGGCCUUGGCGCCGGCGGCACGGCUGCCGGGACGGCACCCGGCGCGCACAUGGCCGUGUACAAGGUCUGCGACGCCCAAGGGUGCUUCGAGUCCGACUUGCUGGCCGGGAUGGACGCCGCCGUGAAGGACGGCGUCGACGUCCUCUCGGUGUCCCUCGGCGGCGUCUCCACGCCGUUGGACAAGGACCCCAUCGCCAUCGGCGCGUUGGCAGCGGUGUCCAAGGGCGUCCUCGUCGUGUGCGCCGGCGGCAACAGUGGCCCUUUGCCCUCCACGCUGUCCAACGAAGCGCCGUGGAUAUUGACCGUGGCGGCCGGGUCUGUGGACCGGAGCUUCCGUGCCAGCGUGCGGCUCGGCGACGGCGAGAUGUUCGAAGGCGAGUCACUGACUCAGGACAAGCACUUCAGCUCCAAGGUGUAUCCGCUGUACUACUCAAACGGCAUGAACUUCUGCGACUACUUCAACGUCAACAUCACCGGCAUGGUGGUUGUGUGCGACACCGAGACACCGGUGCCACCGAUGAGCUCGAUCGAGGCGGUCCGCGAGGCUGGCGGCGCCGGCGUCGUGUUCAUCAACGAACCGGACUUCGGAUACACCAUCGUCUUGGAGAAAUACUACAACGUCCCCAUGUCGCAGGUGACCGCGGUCGACGGCACCAAGAUAAUGGGCUACGCCAUGAAGGGUGCGUCCACGACCAACCAUACGGUAACCAUCGUGUUCAACAGCACAGUCGUUGGCGUGAAGCCGGCGCCGAUCGUGGCGGCCUUCUCGUCGCGCGGCCCCAGCGUUGCCAGCCCCGGCGUGCUGAAGCCCGACGUGAUGGCGCCGGGGCUCAACAUCCUCGCCGCGUGGCCGUCGGAGGUGCCCGUCGGGGGCCCCGAGUCGAACAGCUUCAACGUCGUCUCCGGCACGUCCAUGGCGACGCCGCACAUCACCGGCAUCGUGGCACUCGUCAAGAAGGCGCACCCGGACUGGUCGCCCGCCGCGAUUAAGUCCGCCAUCAUGACCACGUCCAGCGCCAUCGACAACGACGGCAACCAGAUCAUGGACGAGGAGCACCGGAAGGCGAGCUUCUACUCCCUCGGCGCCGGCCACGUUGUCCCGGCGAAGGCCGUAGACCCCGGCCUGGUGUACGACCUCGGCGUCCGCGACUACGCUGGCUACAUCUGCAGCCUUCUCGGCGAGGCGGCCCUGAAAACCAUAGCCGGAAACACCAGCUUGACUUGCACUGAGGUCGAGCCUAUCACCGGGGCGCAGCUGAACUACCCGGCGAUACUGGUGCCGCUGCGAGCUGAGGCGUUCGCCGUGAACCGGACGGUGACGAACGUCGGGCCGGCGCAAUCAAACUACAGCGCCAAGAUCGAAGCGCCGAAAGGCCUGACGGUCAAGGUGGAGCCGGCGGAGCUGGAGUUCACCAAGGUAAAUGAGAGGAAGACGUUCACGGUCACGGUGAGCGCAGCCAGCAGCGAGCAGGAGCUCGCCGAGGGGGCCCUGAGCUGGUUGUCCCAUGACCAUGAUCACGUCGUGAGGAGCCCAAUCGUGGCCGACUCCAGCCUUACCCUGAGUUGA